AUGAUUUCACAAAGCACAACUGGUUUGCAAUUAAGCAAAACUUUAAUUGACAAUAAUGAAGAGAUUGGUGUAAAUGUAAACGUUUUUGAUAGCACGAAAAAAUCAAGAAUUAAUGGAAGCGUAUCUAUAGUAUCAACAAGACCCCUUAAAUACAAGCAGCUCAUUCUAGAAGUAAAUAAUACAUCUGAAUGUAAAUUUGAACUAGAAAAAAGCAUGUAUGUAUUUCCCAGAAUAUAUGCAAAAGGGACAGUGAUGGAAAGCAGACAGCAGUUUUUCUUUUUGAGACGUGUGGUGGAAAAAGUGGAUUACUAUUGCAAUGAUCCAAAAAAUAGUGCGGUUUUUAAUUUUAAUUUUGGUUGGCCCAACAGGCUUCCAGCUACCUGGACUGGAGAUCAUGGGAAUAUUAAAUAUUUAUGUAAGACAAUAUUGGUUUGUGAAGAUAUAACGCAUGUCCACGUUCAAGAGAUUUAUUUUGCUCCAAACCGAAAAUUAUGCCUCGAAAAACAGCUUUUGUGUGAAAGUCGUCAAGAUGUGACCAGAAAGUUUACAUUCGGAAAAAACGGUAGAAUUUCUGUUAGUUUUUGGAUACCCAUAAGUGGAAUUGCUGUGGGACAAAGUUUGCCAGCCGUUUGCAGCAUAAAUAAUGAAUCAAAAUUAAAUUUUAGUGGUUUAGUUUUUGUGCUAACUAGAAUAGAUGUUUAUAGAAGCGAUAAACCCAUAAAUGUUGUAAAAGAAGUACGCACGGAUGUGUGUAGGGUUGCAAGGAUGGUUCACAUUUUAAAGGGGAAAUUUUAUUUUUACGCGAUUUUGAAGACAGACGAAAAUGUUUCUCCAACCAAUCAGUUUUACAAAUUAGAUGCUAUUCAAGUGAAAUAUGAAGUCUGGGUGUCAGUUCAAGGUAACUUUAAAAAAAACAUGGGCUACGGCCACCCAAACGUGGACACGCCCGGCAUGGCGGUAAUAAUCGGCAGCGAACCUCUGAUCAAUUACAAUGUUGACCUGGUUACAAAAUCAGUUCUGAAAAAUAUAUUCUACACUCCUCCGCUGAAGAAUUUUCCUCAACAGCACGUGAUCAGCGAGGCCCUUACGACGGUGGACGAAGUGAUCGACGAACAAACCAAUAUCAAUUUACUGAGGCAACUUGAAGAAAAUGAGAAGGCCAUCACAGAGAUGAUCGAGGAUACCAGUGAUGAUGAUGAAGUUCUGAAUUUUUUUUCAUAGACUAAAGUUUGUUGUAUUGGUUUAUUUACAUAAUGUAC